AUGGACCCUCAGCUCGAACGGUUUGCCGACACGCUUGCUCUCGCCGGCAUUGACAUCACACAGCCGUUCGACGUGCGAUGGUACAACGCGCACGCGAUCGAACAUUCCCUGCCGCUGAGCCCGCUGCCGACCUUUGAGCGGCCACCGUCAGACGGCACGCUCGCAGUGCUGCUCGGCAAUAGCACGGCGCUUUGGUCCGCCUUUUUGCGCUGGCUCGCCGCGCAGCCGGACCCCGAGAGCGUCACAGACCCGCUCGACACGUACACAGCGUCGGUCAUAUCCGCCGCAGUCGCCGAUCUGACGGGCGGAGCACGCCACGACAUCUUCUGGGUGACCGACUCGUCGCGGCUCGUCUCGAUGCAGCGCGUUGCGCUGGUGAGUGGCCUCUGCUACCAUGACGCCGAGACGCAGCUCUCGAUCCACCCGGCCUUCGGCGCGUGGGUCGCCUUCCGGGCCGUCGUCGUGCUCGACGCGCCGGCCGCGCGAUUCGGCGAUUCUCCGCCGCCGCUCGUCCGCUGCCUGCUUACCGACGCGGACAAGGCGUCGGCGAGAGACGCCAUGGCGGCCGCGCUGCGAGCUAGCGACGAGGCGAAUCUGUGCACCCAGCUGCACGGGGCCAAGGGGAUGGAGCGCGACGUACGGCUCGCAUGGGCCGCGCUGCGCGAUUGCGUGACGGUUGGGCGCGAUCACCGGUACAGCGAGGCGCAGCUCGUGUACCACUACACAAAAGACAGGGAGGUGCUGAUGCAUGCGAUGCGCGCGCAGCCAGCGGCGACAUGACAGUGGCAUGAGUGAGUGUCUCUGAGACCGUCGGAGCAGGCCACUGCGCGUGUACCGCAGAAUCGGCACAUUCCCGCCCGCCCGGGUCAUGCGUCAACACUCUACGUAGUCUCUACUGCUCCCCCGAGACUCCGAGACCUGUCCCACAGCCUGUCGUGUGUCUCGAGUCUGAGACCCCUCUCCGCGCCUAUCUGCUGCUCUCGCAAAAAAAUUCUUAGCUUUAAAAACUUAAA